GCCGCCGCUUCUAUAAACCACCAGCGCUUUACAUGAGACGCUCAAUCCACGCGCAUCUGCACCGCGAGAGGAAUGACAUCGAGAGACGCACGGUUCCUCCUCCUGCUGCUGCUGGGGCUCCUUGCGAGCGGGACCCGGGCCGGAGGAAAUCUGGACGAGGACCGGGACAGCAGAGGCGACGCGGAGAGCCCAUGUGAGGUGAAGACCGUGACCGUGUCCACUCUGCCCGUGCUCCGGGAGAAUGAGUUCAGCUUCACCGGCGCGGGAUCCGGGAGUCUCGCCGGAGGGGAGUCCAGACUCCUGCUGUUCGUCAGGACUGACCUGCCGGGUCGCAUCUCGGUUCUGGAUGAUCUGGACAACACGGCGCUGCCCUACUUCACCUUAGAGAUGUCGGGGACAGGGCUGGACAUCUCGCAGGUGCACUGGAAGCAGCAGUGGCUGGAGAACGGGACGCUGUAUUUCCACGUGUCUAUGAGCAGCUCUGAGCAGCAGUUACAGGUCACGCAGCCCACCGUCCGGGAACCGCCACGCGUCCUGCACGAACACAUGCACCUGCUGCACAUCUCCAUCAUGGGUGGUCUGAUUGCUCUUCUGUUACUUAUCCUACUCUUCACGCUGGUACUCUACACCCGUCAGCGCUGGUGCAGGCGUCGUCGUGCCCCUCAGAAGAGUGCCAGCACUGAGGCCACGCAUGAGAUUCACUACAUCCCCUCUGUUCUUUUGGGCCCUCCGCAGAGCAGGGAAAGCUUCCGUGGGCCCAGACCCCUCCAGCACAGCUCUGUCAUUGGUAUGCCCAUCCGUGAGACACCCAUCCUCGACGACUGCGACUGUGAAGAGGACGAGCAGCCCGGACAUCUACUAGAUGGGAAAGCACGUCUAGAAGAUGACUUGAGCAGCCAGGGCACCCAAAGUGUGGACAGUCUGUGGAAAGGCAUGGGAGAGGCCAACCAUAAACACUGUCUGGAUAACAGAGUGCUCGACCCUGAUCAGGAGAGCGUAGAGGCCCUGAUGCAGAGGUUUAAAGAGAGUUUCCGGACCAACACCACGAUGGAGAUCACACACUUCCAGAACGUUACACACAGCUCCUCUACUGGCCGCAAGAGAGGACAAACUCACAACAGAGCUGGAGGCGUGUUGGGCCGUCAGGGAGAUUCUGGAUCUGAAAUGGAUGAUGACACUCAACUCAAGUUCUACACGGAGCACAGGGGCCGGCGCCGCAGCAAAGGAUGCCCUCAGAGUCCCAUGAGCAAGGUCACGUUAACACUGAUCACUGUCUGCACGUGUGUCGUGGCGGUCGUGUACGGCACACAAACGUCCUGUCCUCUCACCGUCAAGGUCACGCUCCAUGUUCCUGAACACUUCAUCGCUGAUGGAAGCAGUUUUGUGGUGAGCAUGGGCAGUUUUCUUGAUGUCUCCAACUGGUUAAAUCCAGCCAAACUAACCCUGUACUACCAGACCAACACCUCCACCCAGUGGGUGAGAGACUACUGCGGCCAGAGAACGACUGACCCCUGCGAACAGCUCUGUGACCAGGACACUGGGGAAUGCAGCUGUCUGGAAGGUUAUGCCCCUGACCCCGAGCAUAAACAUCUCUGCAUCCGCACAGAUUGGGGCCGCAAUGAAGGUCCGUGGCCUUACUCAAACCUGGAAAGAGGUUACGACCUUGUCACAGGGGAGCAGGCUCCAGAGAAGAUUUUCAGGUCAUCCUACAGUCUGGGUCAAGGCCUUUGGCUGCCAGUCAGCAAGAGCUUUGUGGUUCCUCCAGUGGAGCUGUCAAUCAACCCUAUAGCCAGCUGUAAGACGGACGUGUUGGUUACAGAGGACCCUGGAGAAGUGCGGGAAGAGGCCAUCAUGUCCACAUAUUUUGAGACGGUGGACGAUCUGCUUGCGUCGUUUGGUCCAGUGAGGGAUUGCUCUAAAGAUAAUGGCGGAUGCCGGAAAAACUUUAAAUGUGUUUCAGACAGAAGGAUGGACUCGACCGGCUGCAUGUGCCCAGAAGGACUGAGGCCCAUGAAGGACGGUUCGGGCUGCUAUGACUACUCUCUGGGAACGGACUGUACGGACGGCUUCAAUGGAGGCUGUGAGCAGCUGUGUCUUCAACAGCUGGUUCCUCUUCCUGAUGACCCGACGUCCAGCAAUGUGCUCAUGUUCUGCGGGUGUGUGCAGGAAUACAAGCUUGCCGCUGACGGCCGCUCCUGUCUUCUCCUGGCUGAUCACUGUGAAGGGCCAAAGUGCUCGAAACAAGACUCGCGCUUCAACGACACGCUCUUCAGUGAGAUGCUCCGCGGGUACAAUAACAAAACUCAACAGGUGAUCCAGGGACAAGUUUUUCAGAUGACCUUCAGGGAUAAUAACUUCAUCAAGGAUUUUCCGCAGCUGGCCGACGGGUUAAUGGUGAUUCCUCUUCCGGUGGAGGAGCAGUGCCGAGGAGUUCUGUCAGAGCCUCUGCCCAACCUGCAGCUGCUCUCAGGAGAUUCUCAGUUCAGUGAAGCCACAGGAUACCCCAUGAUGCAACAGUGGAGAGUGCGGAGUAACCUGUAUAGAGUGAAGCUUAGUGCCAUCACCCUGUCAACAGUUUUCUCAAAGGUGCUGAAAUCCCUGAUGGCAGACAGCACACGGGAUGAGUUGCUUGCGUUUAUUCAGCAGUAUGGCAGCCAUUACAUCUCUGAGGCGCUGUAUGGUUCUGAGCUCACCUGCAACAUCUACUUCCCCAGCAAGAAGUCCCAGCAACAACUCUGGCUCCAGUACCAGAAAGAAGUCACAGACCAAGGUGGCCGGCGGGACUUGAAAGCAGUGCCGUUCAUCAGCUACCUGUCGGGCCUGCUGAAGACGCAGCUGCUGUCUGAUGAUCUGGUGGCCGGUGUGGAGAUCCGGUGCCAGGAGAAGGGCACCUGCCCGGCUGCCUGUCACCUGUGCCGACAAGCAGGCCGUGAUACGCCCAGCCCGACGCCAGUCCUCCUGGAAGUCAGCCGCAUCGUGCCCCUGUACAGCCUGGUGCAGGAUAACGUUACUAAAGAGGCCUUCAAAAGUGCCACGAUGAGCUCAUACUGGUGUGCAGGGAAGGGUGAUGUCAUCGAGAACUGGUGCCGCUGUGACCUGACGGCACUUGGCAAAGACGGGCUUCCCAACUGUAGCCCCCUGCGGCGGCCCGUAUUGAGACUGGCUCCACACCUGGAACCCUCCAGUACGAUGGUGGCGCUGGAAUGGAUCGACGUGGAACCCCUGAUUGGCUACAAGGUUUCAGAUUACAUCAUUCAACACAAGCGAGUAGAGGACCCAUCGGAGGCAGAAAUCUACACAGGAGAGGUUCUGAGCCUCGUGGAUGAUCUUUUCUCGGGUCUGGGCUCAUCGUGUGUGGUAGCAGGACGCAGAAGUGGAGAACAUCCUCACAGUAUGAUCUACUCAAUCAUUUUCAAAUGCCUGGAGCCGGACAGCCUUUAUAAGUUCACUCUGUAUGCCGUGGACAGCCGUGGUAGUCGGUCGGAUGCGAGUUUUGUGACUGUCCGCACGUCAUGUCCGAUGGUGGAAGACAGCAAAGCAGAAGAGAUCGCAGACAAAGUGUACAACCUCUAUAAUGGCUACACCAGUGGAAAGGAGCAACAGACGGCCUACAACACCCUGAUGGAGGUCUCCCCCCCGCUGCUGUAUCGUGUACAGCAUCACUACAAUUCUCACUAUGAGAAGUUUGGAGAUUUUGUUUGGAGAAGUGAGGAUGAGCUUGGCCCCAGGAAGGCCCAUCUGAUCCUGAGACGAAUGGAUCGGAUCAGUCUGUUCUGCCGCUCACUGCUCCGCAGUGGCUUCAUCCAAAGCCGAACAGAGAGUGUGCCGUACAUGCUGUGUCGUAGUGAUGACACCAGACCAGGCGGCACUUUAUGGCACAGUUCACUUCAUGAAACCCGGCUAGCCUGCCUGGAGAAAGUCGUAACAGUGCAACGCAACAUAUAUGGAAAGUCAAAAUUACGAUGAGACAGGAGAUGUUUGGACUCGACCUUCUCUCUUUAUGGUCUUCAGCUUGGCUGUUCUUUUUCUAAAUCCAACUGACUUUGAGACUGUGAGAGGAGGUUUUAUUGUUUCUCUUCUUCUUCUUUUUUUCUUUAUUCUUUUUUUUUUCCAAAAGUAGAGAGCCUCGGAUUAGAAAGAUUGAUUAUUAUUAUUAUUAUUAUUAAUAAUUUGUUUUUUAUUUAUUUAUUUAUUUAUUUAUUUAUUUUUACUUGUUUCUCUUGUAAGGACAUCAGUUUUGGUCGAAAGACUGAACUACUGAAGGACUGUUUUCGAAUGUAAGAAUUUAACUGCAUGGUGCUGCAGAACUUCAAACCAGGUUCCCUGAUACUCAUUUUGCAAACAUAUCUCUUGGAAUACCUAGCCAAGCAAGACAAGGACAUGAUCUCUCAGUGGUUUUCUUCUUUUCUAUUCAACCCUUUUUGACAUCAAUUCUUUUAAUCUUAUAUACAUAGUUUUGCCACAAUUAAUUGAGAAAACUGAGAAUAUUGUCAGAGUCACAGUAAUUGCUUUUGAGAACAAGUGUAGUCCUGUCACAUAUAUAAUCUUUAGCCAAAAGAACGUUCCUCUACAGUGUCCAAAUGAAUUAGAUGGGUUUUGCUGGCCAAUGAGACUAAUAGAUUUCAUCAAAGUGAAUCAUCUAAUGUAUUUGGCAAAGAGUUGUGGUACAAAAGAGAGCAUUGUGCAGAACUAUUCUGUAAAUUAUUGUUUGGGAAUAAGGUGUUGUUGAAAAGGUUUUUGGAAUUGAACAAAUGGUAAGAACUAAGCCUCAACACAUUUUCAGUAAGUAAGUUGCUAUAUUCCAUGCUAUAUUCAUUGUGAUAGUUAAAUAUGCUAUUGUAAAUACAGUUGUAAAUGCAGUAUGUAAUAAGUGAAUUUGAUUUUUUUGUGUCUGUGGGGGUGGGGUGGGGGGUCUAUUAAAUAUGUAUAUAGAAUCUCAACACGUUUUCUCUGUUUUAUCUGACAAUAUGUGAAGAAUCAAUUAAAUUGAGGAAAAUCCUGUUAUACUACCUCAUCUCUAUGACAUGAAUCUCUAUAGAAUGCAGUUGUCUUCAUCACACACCUGAUGCAAAACUUAGGGUUCUGGGGCUUAGAGUUAUGGUCUGCAAAAUUGUCUGUUUGCUUCUUGAGCACUGAUGACGGAUUGCACUGCUUUGGGAUAGUUGUAUACGUGUUCCUUGAUUGCUCUGAAUGGCAAAACUGAUUCUCAACACCGUUGAGCCACGGCCAUUGAGGGAAAAGUCAAAUGCACAGGGCAUGCAAGACAACCAAAUAAUAAUAAUUUAUUGGAAUAACCUCAGCAUGAAAACAAAAAAUAUACACAACUUAACAUGCAAAACAUAAUGUCCUGUGUUAAUGCACAUGAUUUUAACAUCCGUGUGCUGAAUCUCAGUGAGACUACUACUACAAUAGUGAAAUUUCAACAGCAGCACCAUAUAUAAUAAUAAAUAUAUUUUGACUACUGUAAAUGGUGUACACAACCCCCCCAGGCUUGUUUAUUUUAAAAAUCCAAUAGUUAGUUCAUGUCUCCAUGUAUUUUGGUUUGUGUACUUAGGGAAAGCAAAAGAGUUGAAGAAAUUCUUUAACCAGGUGGACUCUACAUAGCAACCUCUUUCUUUGAUCGAAUCUCACAAGUUUGUGGCUAGGAGCUACACAUCCAUCAAAGAGUCCAAUGUGAGACUCUUUUAAAUCCAGUAACUAUUUGUGAGGAGGUGUUUGGUUGGAAAAUCACAGGAAUGAGGUAAGCAAUGUUGUAAUUUGUCAGAUUACUUGAGCAUGGUCCACCCAAACCUUUGUUGAGAACUCCAUUUGUUUCCUGGUUGCAGUUCAGUAUGCCCAAGUAUUAUGCCCUGUUCUAAAGCUAGUUUGAAGCAGUCUUUGUCCAUUAACUUCUGUUCCAGCAUCAGUGCAAAUGUGGAUUUGCAUCCUGCUUUUCUUUUCUUUUCUUUUCUUUCUAUUGAGUGAUCCACUUUGAACGUAUCCAAUAAUUAGUAAUACAUAGUGAUCAAUCUCCUGAUUUAAAGACCUUAAAGUUUCUCAAGAUUAAUAUAUAGAUACAAAUACCUAAAUUUUUAGUUCACAUUUAGUACACAUUCAUUCCAUUGAUCAGAGUUUGUGCUUCAACAGCCAUGCAAAGUCUCUGUGUUAAGAGAAUAAAUUUGCCUUGGGAUCCCCUACCAGGAACUCCAGACAACACAGGUCCCAGGGUUGCUGAGGCAGUUUAAACCCUCCACCAUGUUGAGGUGGUAAUCCGAGGAGGGGCUUGGAUAUUCAAGGAAAUAAUCUUAGGAUGUAUUCAAGGAGUGGAGGGUGUCCAGUUUGGAUUGUGAUCAUCUGUGACCUUCAGCACGUACUUUGAUGGUGCUUCUCAGCCGGAAUAGGUGGAUUGUCCUCUAUGGGUAUAGAAGAUAGGCAGAUCAGUGGUUAUAUCGAAACAUUGUGGUGAAGAGAUUUAGCAGCUGAUCUUUGUUCUGACGCUUACCUAUGGUCAGGAGCUUUGGAUAGUGACUGAAAGAAUGGGAUUUUGUGUACAAGGGACUGAACUAUGUGAUUGUUCGCAAGGUUAAUGGCUAACCCCUGAGAGACAGGCCACAAAGCCUGUCAUCUGGGAGAGGAUUGGAGUAGCUGCUCCUCUGCAUCAAAAGGAGCCAGCUGUGGUGUUUCGGUCAUCUGGUCAGGUUGUUUCUCGGAUGUCUUCCUGUGGAAGUGUUUCAGGCAUGUUCAACUGGGAAGAGACCCCGGGGCAGACCCAGCAGGUGCUGGAGGGAAUGUAUCUCCUGACUGGCUCUGUAUCUGAUGCCAUCAUCCUGUCUGAAAGAAGCUGUAAGACUAGGAUAUAAAUCUCUGUGUGCAAAUUUCACCUUGGAGUAACGACAGUCCUGCUCUGAGGAAGAUGAGAAUGGUAAGGAAAAAGUGUGGCACUCUCUCUUCCCCCAUGGCCUCAGGGAUAGUGCUGGUUCCCUAAGGCUUAAGCUUGUGCAGCUCCUUGCAGACCGCAGAAGUCAUUUGCAUCUGUUUUUUAUUUGGUCUACUAACCAAACUACUGAAUCCUUCAAACUUUUUUUGAUAGUCAUUGAUAUGGAAUCUUUGCCUCUCUACAAUCUUUUUGUGUUUAAAUUGUAACACUUUAGUUUAGGGACCAAUUCUCAAUAAUAACUAUUUUCUUAUUAGCAUGCAUAUUCCUACCAAAACAUUUUUUUUUUUUUUAAAUUUUAAAAAGGCUUAUUAAUGCCUUAUUCAGCAUGACCAUAUUCUGCAUCCCUCAAUCCCACUUAAUACCUACUGUAAACUUAACUACCUUACUAACUAUAAAUAAGCAGCUAAUUAUGAGUUUAUUGGGGCAAAAGUCAUAGUUUACAGUUAGUUUAUAGUGAGAACUGGUCCCUAAAAUUAAAUGUGUCCUUUUUAUUAUUUUCACAAAUAUAUUAAAGUCUUGUUGUGUGUGGACAACAGCAAAUUUGCAGGCGAUUGAACACUCAAUUUGAAGGGUCCACUAGGUCGUGUGCAUGUGCUCAAUGCAUCCAUCUGUGACUGUGGUCAGUGGAGUAAAAUCUGAAAAGCAUGCAUGCUUAAUUGUGUGCAAAAUGGAGCAGAACACAGAAAAUAAAGUAUACUAAGCCAAGUGUUUUUUUUUUUUUUUUCUUUGAAUAUCAUGCUACUUUUUCACAAUGAAAUGUUUCUGUCAAGCUUUGAGAUACAAAUCUAGUCAAUAAACACUGACAAUAAAUUAUUUCUGUUUUCACUUUUUUCUUAUUUUAAGUAUAGGAGUAUAGUUUGUUAACUGUGAUUUGAAAAAAAAAAA